CCCAUGACGCGCAAGGGCCUGCGACGUGUUGCUCUGUGUGGCUCCCAGGCCCGAAUGCGGCUGGGCCGGGGUCGGUUCUGACUCUCCGUCCGGCGAAGGGGCCUCAUGUAAGGGAGCCGGAGACGGGCCGAGGUGGGAAGAUGACCUCGAGGAGAUGGUUUCACCCAAAUAUCACUGGAGUGGAGGCGGAAAACCUGCUCCUGACACGCGGAGUCGAUGGCAGCUUUCUGGCUCGGCCUAGCAAAAGCAACCCUGGAGACUUCACUCUUUCCGUUCGGCGGAAUGGAGCCGUCACCCACAUCAAGAUCCAGAACACCGGCGACUACUAUGACCUGUAUGGAGGGGAGAAGUUUGCCACCUUGGCAGAGCUGGUCCAGUACUACAUGGAACACCACGGGCAGCUCAAAGAGAAGAAUGGGGAUGUGAUCGAGCUCAAGUACCCACUCAACUGUGCCGACCCCACUUCGGAAAGGUGGUUCCACGGGCACCUUUCUGGGAAAGAAGCAGAGAAGCUUUUAACAGAAAAAGGGAAACAUGGGAGCUUCCUUGUCCGUGAGAGCCAGAGCCACCCCGGAGACUUUGUCCUUUCUGUCCGGACGGGGGACGAUAAAGGAGAGAGCAAUGAUGGGAAAUCAAAAGUGACACAUGUCAUGAUCCGGUGCCAGGACCUGAAGUAUGACGUUGGAGGAGGGGAGAAGUUUGAUUCCUUGACCGACCUAGUCGAGCACUAUAAGAAGAACCCCAUGGUGGAAACCUUGGGCACAGUCCUUCAGCUGAAGCAGCCCCUCAAUACCACCCGCAUCAAUGCAGCAGAAAUUGAGAGCAGAGUUCGAGAACUGAGCAAGCUCGCAGAAACAACCGACAAAGUCAAGCAAGGAUUCUGGGAAGAAUUUGAGACUCUGCAGCAACAAGAAUGCAAACUCCUGUACAGUCGCAAAGAGGGACAACGGCAGGAGAAUAAGAACAAGAACAGAUACAAAAACAUUUUGCCCUUUGACCACACCCGAGUUGUCCUACAUGACGGUGACCCAAACGAACCUGUUUCUGAUUACAUAAAUGCCAAUAUUAUUAUGCCCGCCUCUCUCGCCGGGACUCAAGGCGGAUUACACAGACCCGAGUUCGAAACCAAAUGCAACAACACCAAACCCAAGAAGAGCUACAUCGCCACCCAAGGCUGCUUGCAGAAUACUGUGAAUGACUUCUGGAGGAUGGUGUUCCAGGAGAACUCUCGCGUGAUCGUCAUGACCACAAAAGAAGUGGAGAGGGGAAAGAGCAAAUGCGUGAAAUACUGGCCGGAUGAGCAUGCACUAAAGGAAUACGGUGUCAUGCGUGUCAGGAACGUCAAGGAGAGCGCAGCUCACGAUUACACGUUACGAGAACUCAAACUUUCGAAGGUUGGGCAAGGCAACACUGAGCGAACAGUCUGGCAGUACCACUUCCGGACUUGGCCUGACCAUGGCGUGCCCAGCGAUCCUGGCGGAGUCCUGGAUUUCCUAGAAGAGGUUCACCACAAACAGGAGAGCAUUGCGGAGGUUGGCCCAGUCGUCGUUCAUUGCAGUGCUGGAAUCGGUCGGACCGGAACGUUCAUUGUGAUAGACAUUCUCAUCGACAUAAUCAGAGAGAAAGGCGUGGAUUGUGACAUCGAUGUUCCCAAGACCAUCCAGAUGGUGAGGUCCCAGCGGUCCGGGAUGGUGCAGACGGAGGCACAGUACCGGUUUAUUUACAUGGCGGUCCAGCACUACAUCGAGACGCUACAGCGCAGGAUUGAGGAAGAGCAGAAGAGUAAGAGGAAAGGGCACGAGUACACCAACAUUAAGUAUUCUUUAGCGGACCAGGCAAGUGGUGACCAGAGCCCGCUUCCGCCGUGUACUCCGACUCCUACCUGUCCUGAGAUGCGAGAAGAUAAUGCCAUGAGGGUGUAUGAAAACGUUGGCCUGAUGCAGCAGCAGAAAAGUUUCAGAUGAUGAGACCGUGCAAGGAGAGGUGCCGUCGGAGAAG